AUGACAAUAAAACGACCGAAGCGUGCUUUCACAACAGUAUUAACACCCCACACUGGCAAAAGAAUCGCUUUAGCCAAACGACGGUACCGAUCGACACCCUUAAGCCCGCACGAUGAGGAGGCCAUUCUUCAACUGGUUUUAUCAGACGGUCACUCAAGUGGCAAGCUGCCCUCUUUCCUUGUUCAUCACAUCUGGCUGGAGCUGUGCCGGCGACGUCUUGGACUGACUGGAACGCCUGCAGAAGAUGCGUCCCUUCAGCAGGACGUUGCACAGUUUAUGCGCUCUUGCAACUUAAUUGAUCGUGUCCACUUGCUCUACAGUCUACUUCAGGAAUUCGCUUCCGACGCCGCCCUCAAGGAAGCCGUCUUCGGAGCCACCUACGUGGUGACUUCGCCCUCACUCUCGUGGUUUGAAUGGCUGGUUGUGUCCCUUCUUAUCGAGGCAGGUAUCUCCUCCUCCCUGAAAUUUGAAUGCUUCCCCUCCUCGACCGAACUACCCUUUUUCCAUCUACAGCAAUGCCAAAUGACACGCGAGUCUUUUCUCCCGAUGGAUCAGAUACAGCGUACCCUGCUGGCAUACCUGAGCGUUGCUGUAAACGUGAAAAAUACUCUUGACCUGGCGCUGAUCAUUAACAGACCAUUUCGGGGCUUUGGAAGA